AUGGCUGCUACCAGUGGGGCGCCAACCCUUAGUGGCCAAGCCGACCACCCCGAGCCCAAAUCCGAUCAACCGGCCCCGCUCGAGUUCUUCAACUACCACGAGUACCUUGUCGAAAGCGCUGAUGGCCAGCUCGUUGCCACCCACUUCCCCAACGGGUACACCAAUACUACAAGCCCAGAGUUUGCCACUACACGCGUAGUACGCGUCCCCCGAGUGUACCACGAUAAUGAAGAUAGUGACGUUGUCCCUCAGUUCCUGACGGUGGUCCCGGGAGCCGAGCUGUAUGCGAUUUCCGAUGGUUCACGGCAGUUUAACCCCGUGGCUUUAGUGGAUGGAAAUGCCUUUGGGAAAACGCUGUGGACACCGUUGGUACCGGAUAAUUUGACUGCCACCAAGUUUCAGGAGAUUGUGGCCACGGUAAACACUCAUUUGCAAGCGGCGUUCCGGCCGCUGGCGUGGGCUACCGCUGAAAAUAUCGUGGACAUCGUUUCCGGAGGUAUUUGGAGCUCAGUAUACGGCGAAUCAGCGUGUAAGCGGGCCUUAGCUGAGCUCGACGCUUACAUUGACGCCACCAAUGCUUCAAUUACUCCCGUACGGCUCGUCCACCCGCGCCAAUCGGGGUUUCUCAGUCUUGAUUUCUGCAUUCCUGCGCCGAAAGUGGGGCUGGAGCUGUGA